CCCCCAAGUUCGCGAGGCGGGGAAGGCGCCGGCGGCGGCGGGGCGGACUCCGUUUCCCGUCGUGCCCGCGGGGGGUGGCAUGGCGCUGGCAGGAUGACACCGGAGUUUGACGAAGAAGUGGUGUUUGAGAAUUCACCACUCUACCAGUAUCUGCAGGAUUUGGGACACACAGAUUUUGAAGUAUGUUCCUCUGUGUCGCAGAAGGCAAAGCAAUGUGCAGUAGAGGAAGGCCAGAAAGAGCGGACUGUGCACGUUGUCCAGAAACAAGGCAUCCUGUCAAAACUAGUUGAAUUCUUCAGAAGUUGGUUUCCUUUUCCACAAUAUAAGAAAGAUGAUGACAUACUUCACCGACUGGAUGUCGGAUUUCGAUUUGACACACUCCGUACCAUCCUGCAACAGGAAGUUCUGCUGCAGGAGGAUGUGGAACUGAUUGAGUUCCUUGACCCAAGUAUCCUGUCUGCAGGGCAGUGUAAGCAACAGGAAAAUGGACGACUUCCAACACUACGCUCCCUAGCAACUCCUAAUAUUUGGGAUGUCUCACUGUUGCUUGCCUUUGUAAGUGCACUGCUUGUGCUUCCUUCAUGGUGGAAGGAAUCGUCGUGGCUACCGUGGGGACUAGUUCUGCUUGUGUAUGCAAUCUUUCGAGUGUGGGGCACAUGGAGGACAGCCAAGCUGCAAAUGUCCCUGCGAAAAUACUGUGUCCAGCUGGAAGAAACAGUGGCAAAUAGUCGAGCUUUUACUAAUCUCGUGAGAAAAGCUCUACGACUCAUUCAAGAGACUGAAGUAAUUUCCAGAGGAUUUACCCUUUUGCUUGACAGGGUCAGUGCCGCUUGCCCAUUUAAUAAAGCUGGACAACAUCCUAGUCAACAUCUUAUUGGUCUCCGGAAAGCUGUUUAUCGAUCUGUCAGAGCCAACUUUCGAGCUUCAAGACUGGCUACUCUAUACAUGCUGAAAAACUACCCUCUGAACUCUGAGAGCGACAACGUGACCAGCUACAUCUGUGUAGUCCCUUUCAAGGAGCUGGGUCUGGGACUGAGUGAAGAGCAGGUGUCUGAAGAGGAGGCACACAAUCUCACAGAUGGCUUCAGCUUGCCUGCGCUCAAGGUUCUGUUUCAGCUCUGGGUAGGGCAGAGUUCAGAAUUCUUCAGGAGGCUGGUACUGCUCCUCUCGCCAGCCAAUGCGUCCCCCAAGCCCUUGAUCUCCCCUGAACGGCUGCCUCAUCAUAUCUUGUCUGAUGUGACUCAAGGCCUACCUCAUACACAUGCUGCCUGCUUGGAGGAGCUAAAGCGAAGCUAUGAGUUUUAUCGGUACUUUGAAACUCAGCAUCAGUCAGGUUUCGAGCGGCCAACCAGAACAAAGCAGAGGUCAAGGGAGUUGAACAGUCUUCAAACAGCAGUACGCAGCUUGCAGCUUCAUCUGAAGGCACUGCUGAAUGAGGUAAUAAUUCUUGAGGAUGAACUUGAAAAACUUGUUAGCACUAAGGAGAUGCCUGAAUUGACAACAGAAGCGCAUCAGGUUCUGGAACAAAAACUAAAGUUUAUUCAGCCUCAUAUGCAGGCAAGCAACAGCUGCUGGGAAGAAGCCAUUUCUCAGGUGGAAAAAAUGAGUGGAAAAAAUCCAAAUAAAAAAGGCAAGCUUGAAGCUUUCUGUGACAACCUACAGUGUACUACAGUACCUUUAAUGCAGCCUACCUUAUACAUAGAAGACAGAGAUCCAAUCCCCGAAGAGCAGGAAUUGGAAGCAUAUGUUGAUUAUUCAGAUAUGGACAAUGAAUAUAAUAGGGAAGCUUUUGACUGCUUUUCCCAGGAAGAGAGAGAGAGACAAAAACGAGAGAGAGAAGAAUCUAAGAGGGUGUUACAGGAAUUGAAAUCUGUACUGGGUUUUAAAGCUUCUGAAACAGAAAGACAGAAAUGGAAACAGCUGCUAUUCAGCGACCAUGGGGUAAAGUCAGAAUGGAAUUAGAAAGGGAAAUGCCACUUGGGAAUCUGCUGUUGCUGCUCUCAUUUAUGUUCGUGCUGCUACUCUAAUGGAGCUACUGCAGUUUAGGGAAUCUGUUACUUGGAAAUGGACAUUAUAUCGUUUUCUUAAAAAGAAAGACGUCUGUUCUUCAAGAAGUGAUUGUACCGAGUUAUACUAACCCUUAACACUGGGAGGAGAGACUUCCUGGCAAGCAUCCCGUUGCUGGCAAUGGGACUCGCUGCUGCUACUAACUUCAAGAGAGGCUAAAUUAAACCACACUUUAUUUGUGAGGACACCUUACCUGGCUGUAUGAAUACAUGUCGUAUUUGUAUGUUGUGAUGUGAGAUCAGAUAUUGCACAUAAGGACUGUUUCAUGUACCAGCUGUAUUUAUUGGAUUAGGUAAACCAUUGUCUAAAACAAAGACAGUUCAAAUCUGUAUGCAGUGCAGUAGUUUUUUACUUUAACGUUGAAUGCAUCGUCUGUGUUUGAUGCCAUUUUUGAACAUCAUCAAUUUCGUGCCAUCUUUUUAUAUCACAAAUUUUAAGGCAUAGUUCCAACAAGCAGCUAUCACAUUUCAUUUCAGCUCUGUGGUUAGAAAACACUGAUUUAUUUUAGGUUUUCUUUGAUUUGUGUUUUUUGUUACUGUCGUGUUUUGUUUUGUUGGUUUUUCAAUCCAUUUUGACUCUUCCAAUCCUGCACCUUUUCAAACACAAAUAUUAUUUAUAUAUAGCACCUUGCUUUUAGUUAUCAAUUCAUUUUUUCCCCUUUUUAAGCUGCAGUGAAACCCUUGUCUCCUGUAGAAUCGCUGAAGCUACUAAGUAAUUUGGAAUCACACAUGAAUUCAGAUACAGAAAAGCAGAACUGCAGCCAAAGUUGUGAUAAAUCUGAAGAAAUAGACUCUAAUCCAAAAGUCAAUGCUGCUGAUAAAAGCAGGACAGAAUAUUUGUAUGAAGAUCCUGAGAUGGAGAAAAACAAAGACAGUACUACUGAAGACAGUAUUUCUGCAGGGGCUGAAGAAAGAAUGUGUUAUCAGUAUGAAGGGGAAGUUGAAGAUCUCAAGCCAAGCGAUACGGAUGUAAUAGAGGUUUCACAGCCUCCUCCUAAGGAUGCAUUGCAUUCAAAAAUAAAGCAUAGGCUGGCUCAGCUCCACAUAUCAACAGAUUUUAACUUCACAUCUGGUCUGGCUGCACAAGUUGCUGCCAGGUCUUUCACUUUUACUACAAUGCAAGAACAGACUUUUGGAGAUGAUGACGAGGAGCAGGAGGAGGAGGAAAAGGAGGAAGAGAAGAGGCAAGAGCAUGAAGGCCUUGUGGAAGAUUUUGAGAAUGAAGUUAGAGGCUCUGAAAGUGAAGGAAAAAUAUGAGUCUGAGCUGAACUUUAUUAAACCAACAGCAGGCAAUUUGGUAGAAAAAGAAAUAUAAGGUGGGGGUUUGAAGAUGAAAUUACUGGGUGGAAAAAACAAUUGGAGACCUAAAUGUAAUGUUUUGGUCCCUAAGUCUGAUACACUAAAUGGGACUUCUAAGUAUAUUGAAAAUUUGAAGGUAAGACAAAUUUAGGCUGCAUCCACCAAACAGUCGGCUGCUGCCUUUUUAAGAUCUUAGUGGUGAGUUUUGGAAUUUACCUUAGUGUUUUCUGUUUUAUUUAUUUGUAUCAUAAUGUGCUGUUGUUGAUUUUCUAAAAAGAAUGAAAAACAAUGUAUUGAAUUACAA